CCCCCGGAAAGCGGUGAUCGAAGGAAGGCGAGCGCGACGCAGAGAUAUACCCGAGAUUCUUCCUCACACGAUUCGCAUCGUAGAAGACGACGACCGAGAGGUAGAAGGCCGGAUUCCUCUUCCUCCUCCUCGGUUGGUCUUUGGCCGAGCCUCGACGAGCAUCGGGCUUUCGUCGUCGCGCAAAGAUCGGCUGAUCGACCUCUACCCCCGGGGAAGAUUGCCGGAAGGCAAGGGGAUGGAGAAGUACGAGGUGGUGAGAGAUAUCGGGUCGGGGAACUCUGGAGUCGCCCGGUUGAUGCGGAACAAGGAGACCAAGGAGCUCGUCGCCAUGAAGUACAUCCCUAGAGGUGAAAAGAUCGAUGAGAAGGUGGCGAGGGAGAUCAUCAAUCACCGGUCGCUUCGGCAUCCCAAUAUUAUCAGAUUCAAGGAGGUUGUGCUCACGCCCACGCAUCUGGGGAUCGUCAUGGAGUACGCCGCCGGUGGAGAGCUCUUCGAGCGGAUCUGCGUGACGGGAAGAUUCAGCGAGGACGAGGCGAGGUACUUCUUUCAGCAGCUCAUCUGCGGCGUCAGCUACUGCCACUUCAUGCAAAUUUGCCAUCGAGACCUGAAGAUGGAGAACACUCUGCUUGAUGGCAGCCCGGCACCUCGACUCAAGAUCUGCGACUUUGGUUACUCUAAGUCAUCUGUGCUUCACUCGCGGCCGAAAUCGACGGUGGGAAGCCCUGCAUACAUUGCUCCUGAGGUCCUCUCCCAGCGAGAGUACGAUGGAAAGAUGGCAGAUGUAUGGUCCUGUGGUGUUACAUUAUAUGUGAUGUUGGUGGGAGCCUACCCCUUUGAAGACCCAGAUGACAAGAAAAAUUUCAGGAAGACCAUUGAGAGAAUAAGGAGUGUUCAGUACAAGAUACCCGAAUAUGUUCAUCUCUCCCAGGACUGCAGGCAUCUUCUCUCUCGGAUCUUUGUGGCCAACCCUGCAAAGAGGAUAACGAUCAAGGAGAUAAGGGAACACCUUUGGUUCUUGAAAAAUUUGCCUAGAGAGCUAACAGAAGCAGCACAAGCAACGUACCGCAAGAAGGAUGACAACAUGCCCACCUAUUCCCUUCAGAGUGUGGCAGAUAUAACUCAGAUCGUCAGGAUGGCAAGGGUUCCACCAUCAUCAGCUUUCGAUGCAGGCUUCAGCUGGCCUGACGAUGAAGAGGAGCCGCAGGAGGGCAAGCAAGAGUAACUGCACAAUGAAGCAGAGGAAGAAGACGAGCAUGACAAGCCAAAAAAAUAGUGGGCUGGCUACACCCAACUGGUUGAUUUCCCCCAGAGGCAAAAAAAAGCAACAAAAAAAGGAAAAAAAAAAAAAAAAAAGAGGAAGGAAAGAAAGAAACAGUGUUCAAUAUUCUUCGUGGUUACUUUUGUCCUUGUUUCUUUCGCUACAUGUUUAUAAUGAAUGAUCUUUUAUCUUGUACUUCUUAUCAUAUGAAUACGUUCUGUGCAUAA